GUGCAACACAUUAUUAGACAAUGGCAAAAUUAGCAAAAUUUGUUAUUAAAAAAUGCCUGCAGCCGCAACGACAACACUUGGCCAUCUCCAGAUCCAUAUACAAUAGUUUUGGCAGUGGAAGCAGCCAAGGUGCCACCAAUGGAGCCAGAUAUGCCAGCCGCCGAGCGAGGCAACUAUUUGUUGUUGUUGGCGGCAGUGCUAUUUCGUUGGCCGCACUUAUCCUAAUGCGUAGCUUCAGUAACAGAGCGGAAGCGCUGAGUCUCAAGAAACGCAUGGCGAAGCAGGAGAUGGAUAUUGAGAAUAUCAAGUUAACAGCGCGCGAAAGGCGUUUCAUCAAAUUCGCAUCUGUGGAAUUUGGAGAUCAGCUCUAUAUGACGCCGCAGGACUUUCUAGACUCUGUGGUGGAACAGGAACCCAGACCGCGUCUUAAGCGUCGCGUGCUCAACAACGAGGAGGUUGAGAAAUAUAAAGAACAAACACCAGCACUGAAGAAGGGCUCGACGCGCCUAUUCCGAAAUCUGCGAGAUAAGGGCAUAAUUUCCUACACAGAGUAUCUGUUUCUGCUCUCUAUUUUGACAAAACCCAGAUCAGGUUUUCGUAUUGCUUUCAACAUGUUCGACACCGAUGGCAAUCAGCGAGUGGACAGAGAUGAGUUUUUAGUUAUAAUCUCCAUAUUGGCCGGCGCCUAUAAAGAGAUGGAAAACAUUGAUGAAAAAACUCGCAAAGUUCUUAAUCGUUUAGUUUCACUUGAAGAGCGAAUUCAUUUAAGUCGCACAACCGCAAAGCCGUCAAAAGGUCUAAUGGAGCGCAUUUUCAGCGGAGCUUGGAAAGAGAAACACGGUGAACAGGAAGCGGAAGUAGAAAGUGAGAACAACGAUAACACGGAGAGCCACUAUGUGGACGACAAGGAGGGUCUGCAGCGACGCCAAUCCGUGGCUACCACCUUGCAGCUGCAUUUCUUUGGAAAACGUGGCACUGGCGUCAUAAACUACGAUAACUUCUAUCGCUUUAUGGAUAACUUGCAAACGGAAGUGCUCGAACUGGAGUUCCACGAAUUCUCCAAAGGCAACAGUGUGAUUAGUGAACUGGAUUUUGCGAAAAUCCUGCUACGCUACACCUAUCUGGCCACCGACGAGUACGAUGUCUUCCUGGAGCGUCUUUUGAGUCGCAUUAAGGACGACAAGGGCAUUUCGUUUAAUGAUUUCCGCGAUUUCUGUCACUUCCUUAACAAUCUAGAUGAUUUCACAAUCGCCAUGCGCAUGUAUACAUUAGCCGAUCGCGCCAUAUCGAAGGAUGAAUUCUCACGCGCUGUCAAAAUCUGCACAGGCUAUAAUCUCAGUCCGCAUUUAAUAGAGACUGUCUUUGCCAUUUUCGAUGAGGAUGGCGAUGGACUGUUGUCGUACAAGGAGUUCAUUGCCAUUAUGAAGGAUCGCCUGCAUCGCGGCUUCAAACAAGAUGCUUUGAUCAUAGAACAGCGCAAGUUAGCGCCAACAGCUAAGCCCAAAUCUGCUGACGAGUCUGUGGCAAAGGCCGAAGGUUGGGAUGCUUUCAAGUUCUGUGUGCGCCAGGAAAUGAAAUCGGUGAGGAAGAGUGCGAACUAUUAAAGACACGACCCGUAGAUGAGCUGCAACGCAAGAAAACACAAAGAAAGAAAGCAACAAACAACGCCAAAGUCGAAACAAAAACAAGCAACCUUUUUCGAAAUCUCUAGUAUAAAAUCUUCUUAUUUCUUCUAAAGAAAACAAAAUGAACAAAAAAUCUCGCUAUUUAUUUAUUUAUUGUUAAAUUCUAAAAUUGUUUUUAUGCCAAAUUAAAAUUCGUUGUACGUAUUAAA